UCGGUAAAGGUGUUUUCCCGUCUAGCAAGCACAGGUUACUUCUGUCUACCUUGCUGCAGGCAAAGUGGGGAGAGAGAGAGAGAGAGAAUGGGGAAACUGGUGUGUGUGACAGGGGCAUCUGGUUACAUAGCAUCGUGGCUGGUGAAGCUCCUUCUUCAAAGGGGAUACACCGUCAGAGCUACCGUCAGAGACCCUGAUGAUCCGAAGAAGACAGAGCACUUAAGAGCUCUUGAAGGAGCCAGUGAGAGGCUCCAUUUAUUCAAAGCCAACCUACUGGACGAGGGAGCCUUUGAUACUGCUGUCACUGACUGUGAUGGUGUUUUUCAUACAGCAUCACCAUUUUAUCAUGAUGUUCAAGAUCCUCAGGCUGAAUUAAUAGAUCCUGCAGUUAAAGGAACAUUAAAUGUCUUUGCCUCAUGUGCCAAGUUUUCUUCCAUCAAAAGAGUGGUUGUGACAUCAUCUAUGGCUGCUGUUGCCUAUAAUCGACUCACACGUGCUCCUGACGUGGUGGUUGAUGAAACUUGGUUCUCGGAUGCUGAUGCCUGCAGGGAAGCAAAGUCAUGGUACAUACUUUCAAAAACCUUGGCAGAGGAGCAUGCUUGGAGGUUUGCAAAAGAGGCGAAAAUGGACAUUGUGACGAUAAAUCCUGCAAUGGUUAUUGGUCCCCUUUUGCAGCCAACACUGAACACAAGUGCUGCAGCAAUCUUGAAGCUUAUAAAUGGUAGUCCAACAUUUCCCAAUGCAACUUUUGGAUGGGUUAAUGUCAAGGAUGUUGCUGAGGCCCAUAUUCUGGCACUUGAAGAUGUUUCUGCCAGUGGAAGAUACUGUUUGGUUGAGAGGGUCGUGCACUACUCUGAAAUAGUGAGAAUUCUGCAUGAAUUAUAUCCUGAGUACAAGCUCCCUUCCAAGUGUGCAGAUGACAGACCUUUUGUUCCGACUUACCAAGUGUCGAAGGAGAAGGCUCUGAAGCUGGGAAUAAAUUACAUUCCUUUAGAGGUGAGUCUCAAAGAAACAGUCGAAAGCUUGAAGGAGAAGAAAUUUGCCAAGCUUUAGUAAAUCAGAUUUGAGAGAGAAUCGGACUUUAACCAGGCCAAUAUGAUGUUUUUUAGGAUGAUGAACAUCUUUGGUAUGUCUCAUUAUCUUGGAUACUUGGAAUGCUGAAAUUGUUAGAACACUUCUGGAUUUUUUUA